AUGGAUCCCGCUGUUGCAAUGGAGGUUGACACACAAGACUCCUCAAAAAACAAGACGUCAGAGUUUGAUCCGUACUAUUUUGAUCUAUUCGGUGCUACUGAGGACUUUAUACAAAUGCUAGAGCAGAUACGUGUUGAAGAUUUAUCAAUACAAAUAAACUUUCAUGAAAACGUCAAAAUUCUCAAAAGUUCUGUUACAAGUCGACAUGACGCAAGCAAGUUGCUGAAUAGUCUGUCCAUAAUAUUGUUACAUCCUUCUGUUACACUUCAUGUAGUCAAGUUUUAUCGCCCUCUAUUGAUUGAUUUGGUUUCCCGUUGGCUUUUGCUUCAAGACCAAUUGUCGAUAGACAUCAUGUCAAAGGUCGAAUUAGUAGCACAUGCGUUUGCUGUAAUACUACCUAUCGCACCUCAAUUAUCGGGAUUGGCAUUUGAUUUCUUCUCGCAAUCGCCUUCAUUAUUUGCAGGUUUACAUACACAUGGAAAAUAUUUAUCUGCUAGUAAGGCAUCUACGAGGCUCCUCCAGAGAUUAUUGUUAACUGGCUAUCGACUACUUAAAAUUUCUCGAAUAACAUUUACGCGUCUUUGGAAUUGGUCUCCGAUUUACCAGUUACUAUCUCAUUCAGACGCUGCCGUUAGAUUUCUGUCGGUAAUAUGUCUCAGCUACGUACUCGAUCUCUCGGAUACGCAGAGACUGACAGCAACUGAACUAUGGGUCGGUCCUCAGAACGAAAAAGUUUACAUGGCAUGGGAAGAUGGCGUACAAAGAGAUAUUGGAAUGUUGACUUUGUUGGAACAAGAAACGCUCGCUAAAUUGCAAAUGGUGAUGCUACAUAAUGAUUUCAAAACACGGGAUACAGCUGUAUUGAAUGAAUCCGAUUUAUCUCCGUUUAUUGUGAAUGUUUCUGGCGUAUUGCUUUCCAAAAAACGACAAGAGCAUGUUGUAGUACAACCAACCGUCAAUGAACGACUAGCUCUCACCAAUACCACCCGGCGCAAUCUUCGUGCCAUAUGCUUGGCUGUCUCUAUCGGUUCACCUAUUCUGCUUGAAGGCAUAACAGGAUGUGGUAAGAGCGCGCUCGUUGAAGAAGUGGCCCGUCUCACAGGUCGUGCAUCGGAUCUGGUAAAAAUACACUUGGGCGAUCAGACAGAUUCCAAGGCUUUGCUCGGGACGUACGUAUCGACGGCUACUCCCGCAGUUUUUCGGUGGCAACCUGGUGUGCUGACGACUGCUGUUAAAAAAGGUCGCUGGGUGUUGAUCGAAGAUAUCGAAUUGGCUUCUGCUGAAGUUAUGUCUGUGCUUAUUCCUUUGCUCGAAACUCGUCAGUUAUUUAUACCUAGUCGGGGUGAGAGAAUAGAGGCUAAUGAAGAGUUUCAGCUAUUUGCUACGAGAAGUCUGUUACCGGAUAGAAUAAACGGAGCAAACUCAACACGAGCAAUGAACGCUGAAAUUACUCUUGGGAAGAGUUUGUGGACUAAAAUAAGGGUCGAAUCCUUGACAAUAGACGAACUUGCGUCUGCAAUCGAGCACAAGUUCCCUAACUUAUCCAACCUAGUACCAGUCAUAAUGCGAGUAUAUAACACCGUAAUAUCGAUGUAUCAAAGUCCAAAGUCUCCCUUUCUGUCAACUUCAAGCUCGAAACGACUUAUAACGACACGUGAUUUGAUGAAAUGGUGUAAGAGGUUAAGCGCACUUUUACGUCCAAGAAAUGAUUUACUGACUGCACAGAGCCUAACUCAGGGUAUUCGGGAGGAUUUUUUUAGCGAGGCAGCCGAUUGUUUUUGCGGGAUGAUAUCUGAAUUUGAUAAAUGGGUGAAAGCUCUCGAAUAUGUUGGAGACGCGCUCGAGAUACCAAAGGAGCGAGUUAGGUUAUAUGCGAGUUCAUAUGUUCCGACAAUCAAUGUAAGCGACAAGGUAAUCAAUAUUGGGAGGGCGUAUCUUGAACCAAUGCUGUCAAGCAAUAAAUAUUUAACGAGACGUGGUGUAAAGAAAAAGACAUUUGCUAAUACUUCGCAUUCAUUACAACUAAUGGAAAGACUGGCUGUUUGCGUUCAUUUGUGUGAGCCCGUGUUAUUAGUAGGAGAGACAGGUACAGGUAAGACCACAGUCGUUCAGCAUUUGGCUGAUCUUAUGAACCAGAACCUUGUCGUGGUCAACUUGUCGCAGCAAAGCGAUAGUAGUGAUUUGCUCGGUGGGUUUAAGCCGGUUGAUGCAAAGGUGCUGGCGACACCCUUGAAGGAAGAGUUUGAGAUGCUAUUCAAGCAAACAUUAUCCGUCAAGAAAAAUCAACAUUACUUGGACAAGGUUCACAAAAUGUUUGUGGAAAAGAAGUAUGAUAAAGUUGUGGCGCUUCUGAAGAAAACUAUCAAGACGGUAGAACAACAGUUUGAGAAAGCACUUGAUCAACAAAGAGAAGAAGUUGAACGCGAUAGAGCAUCAAAGAUUCUAUCUGGAAAACCAGCGAGCCCCGAACUAAGACAUCAAUGGAAAAAAUUUGCAAAUGCUGUAAACACCUUUGCUGCUCAGCAGGAACAAAUAAAAAACAAACUGGCCUUUAGUUAUAUUGAAGGGUCUCUGGUCAAAGCAGUUAUUAAAGGUGAUUGGAUUUUAUUAGAUGAAAUUAAUCUGGCAUCUACAGAAACAUUGGAAUGCCUGAGUAGCCUUCUUCAAGAUGCGCAAGGCUCUUUAUUGCUCACUGAAAAAGGUGAUGCCGAACCCAUCAAACGACAUCCAAACUUUCGAAUGUUUGCCUGUAUGAAUCCAGCAACAGACGUGGGUAAACGCGAUUUGCCGCCAGGCUUGCGAAACCGGUUCACGGAAUUCUACAUCCACCCACCGGAUUCUCGACGUGACGAUUUACUAGUUAUAGUACAGCAGUAUCUAGCAGGAUGUGUUCACAACGAUGAGCAUAGUUGUAUGGAUGUAGUAGAAUUCUAUCUUGCUGCAAAAAACUUGCUGGCUCAGCAUAAACUUGUAGAUGGCGCGAAUCAACGACCACAUUUCAGUAUGCGAACACUUGCGCGCGCUUUAAGUUACGUUGCACACAUUACACCCACGUAUGGUCUGCGUCGUUCGCUAUAUGAAGGGUUUUCUAUGACUUUUUUGACCCAAUUGAACCAGGAAAGUGAGGAUCUCAUGCGACAGUUGGUUGAAAAAUUCUUGUUACGUGGUCUUAGCAAUCCGAGGGCUUUGAUUACACAGACUCCCCGUCAACCACGAGACGGAAAUUAUAUUCAGUUUGGUCAUUUUUGGCUCGAAUGUGGUAGCUAUCCAAUUGAAGACAUGCCGCACUAUAUAAUAACGCCUUCCGUAGAGAAGAAACUGAACAACUUGGCGAGAGUCGUCAUGAGCCGCAAAUAUCCUGUUCUGAUACAAGGCCCAACAUCGGCUGGAAAAACAAGCAUGAUAGAAUAUCUUGCCAAAAGAACUGGGCAUCGAUUUGUACGAAUAAAUAAUCAUGAGCACACAGAUUUACAAGAAUACUUGGGAACUUAUAUAUCAAAUGCCGAAGGAAAGUUGCAGUUUCAAGAAGGAGUACUUAUCGAAGCGCUGAAGAAUGGAUACUGGAUUGUACUUGAUGAACUGAAUCUCGCACCAUCCGAUGUAUUAGAAGCAUUAAACAGACUGCUCGAUGAUAACCGUGAACUAUUAAUUCCAGAGACGCAAGAAGUUGUUAGGCCGCACAAAGACUUUAUGUUAUUUGCAACACAGAAUCCACCCGGUGUUUAUGGGGGUCGUAAGAUAUUAUCCCGUGCGUUUCGCAACAGAUUUUUGGAACUCCAUUUCGAUGAUAUCCCUGAAGACGAAUUGGAAACAAUCCUGGCUGAACGAUGUGCUAUGGCACCUUCAUAUUGCAAGCGUCUAGUUCAAGUUUAUAGACAGUUGAUCGAACGACGCUCGGGUACACGCAUCUUUGAAAGAAAACACGGAUUCAUUACGUUACGUGACUUGUUUCGGUGGGCUGGACGUGGUGCUGUAGGAUAUCAGGAAUUGGCAGAACAUGGAUAUAUGCUAUUGGCCGAAAGAUUAAGAAAACCCGAAGAAAAAGCGAUUGUCAAAUCCAUAAUAGAAUCAGUGAUGAAGGUUGAAAUAACCGAGGGAAUGUAUGACUGCUCACAGCUAGAAGAGUUUAAACAAUAUUUAGCCAAAAGAUCAGAUAGCAGUCCUGUGGAUGUUGUUUGGACCAAAUCAAUGAAAAGGCUGUUCACUCUUGUAUCAAAAUGUCUACGAUUCGAUGAACCAGUUUUACUUGUGGGCGAAACUGGCAGUGGAAAGACUACCGUAUGUCAAAUAUUAGCGGAUGUAAAGGGACGGGCAUUGCACAUUGUUAAUUGCCAUCAGAAUACAGAGACGGCCGACCUAUUGGGAGGACAGCGACCCAUGAGAAAUAGGUCUGUUAUGAAUGCCGAUUUGGAAAAGGAUCGUGUCUUGUUUGAGUGGCAUGAUGGACCAUUAGUACAGGCUAUGAAAAGGAAAGAAUUUUUUUUACUUGAUGAAAUUUCUUUGGCAGACGACUCUGUGCUUGAACGUUUAAACAGUGUGCUCGAACCUCAACGACUCUUGGUAUUGCCUGAAAAGGGUGGUCAGCAUGUGGAAGAGUUGAUAGCGGCAAAGGGUUUUCAAUUUUUGGCAACAAUGAAUCCUGGCGGUGAUUAUGGUAAAAAGGAAUUAUCACCCGCGCUUAGAAAUCGGUUUACUGAGAUAUGGGUUCCUUCUGUAGUUGAUUAUGAUGAUUUGCUGCAAAUUAUCGAUGCCAAGUUAAAACAUUCCAGCACAAAAAGAUGUGGUAAAAAUAUACUUGCAUUUAUCGAGUGGUAUUCUCAUACGCUGGGAAAGUUGCAUGCAGUAACGAGUUUAAGAGAUAUCUUGUCUUGGGUAUCAUUUAUAAACACAACAGCAGAGAAGCUCGGACCGGCGGUAUCUUUUGUGCAUGGUGGAUGUAUGGUAUUAUUGGAUGGUUUAGGGUCUAAUACGUCGCCAGGUUUACUUUUAUCGGGCGAAGCAUUGAAACAGUUUAGAAAUACAUGUCUGAGAAAACUUGUGGAAUUGAGCAGAAGUGAUGUAAUUUUACGGUCGGACCCGCGUGUAGAGUGGAGCGUAUAUGGGCAAACAGACUCCGAAAACAUGAAUCAAGUAGAAUCGCACGAAUCAACUUUUGGUAUCCAUCCGUUUUAUGUUUCUAAGGGCCCGCUUGGUGACCAACCUCUUACAUUUCAGCUGCUUGCUCCAACAACUUGCAGCAACACUAUGCGAAUCCUUCGUGCAAUGCAACUAAAUAAAUCAAUCUUAUUAGAAGGAACACCAGGAAUUGGCAAGACUGGUUUGGUUACUGCCAUAGCGGCAGCGACAGGUCAUAGAUUAAUUCGCAUAAACUUGUCUGAGCAAACAGACUUGACGGACUUGUUUGGAUCCGAUCUUCCGGUCGAGGGUGGUAGCAGCGGUGAAUUCGCCUGGAGAGACGCUCCAUUCUUACAGGCAAUGCAGACAGGGGACUGGGUAUUGCUAGAUGAACUCAACUUAGCUUCGCAAUCAGUGCUCGAAGGUUUAAACUCGUGUCUUGAUCACAGAGCAUCCGUAUACAUACCCGAGUUGGACAGAGAAUUCUCGUGCUCGAGCGAGUUUAGAGUAUUUGGUGCGCAAAAUCCACUCAACCAGGGUGGCGGACGCAAAGGCUUGCCCAAGUCUUUUGUAAAUCGAUUUACUCAAGUCUUUAUUGAACCGCUCACCAAAGAUGAUAUGCUUUUUAUUUGCCGUAACUUGUUUCCUGAAGUUUGCAAUUCCAUUUUAACAAAAAUGGUUGAAUUCAACACACGCAUGUAUGAAGAAACGAUGGUCAAAUGUUCGUUUGCAAGAAACGGUAGCCCUUGGGAAUUCAAUCUACGCGAUGUAUUUCGUUGGCUGGAACUAAUGAAGGCGGAUAAGAAUUAUUCUUGUCCUGAGACGUAUUUUGAUAUAAUUUACCUGUAUAGGCUUCGUACAGAAGAAGACAGAGUUCGUGCUAUUGCAUUUUUUAAUGAAAUAUUUGACGGAAGUUACACGCAAAUACGUCGGCCGGCUUAUGAAAUUACUCCGGAUCAUAUUCAGAUCGGUCGGACACGUCUGUUGCGUCGCUCGCAAGGAUUUCGUGCUCCCACCAGGCCAGACUUGCAUCUGCUACAAUCUAAUCUACUGUCUUUGGAAGUCAUCAUGAAAUGCGUUGCGAUGGAUUGGAUAGUGGUCCUGACUGGUGCCGAUGGAACGGGCAAAACAAGUUUAGUGAGGUACAUGGCUUCUUUAACAGGCAACAGAUUGGAAGAGUUUGCAAUGAAUAGCAGUGUUGACACAGUCGAGUUGCUUGGUGGGUUUGAACAAUUGGACAUCGUAAGACAUCGCCAGACGUUGUUUGAUGAUAUUGGUGAACUAUCGAACCAGGUUAUGAAAUAUUUAUUGUCAGGGACUCUUCGAUCUUCUAGCAAAGACGAUCUGUCUAACAACAUUCUGACACUCCGCCAGUUGAAUGAUGCAUUUUUUGUCAUGAACAGUCAAUACAAACUGUCUGCCGAACCAUCCGGUACACGAAAUACUCCUAAGCUUGACUAUAAUGUUAUCGAGCAUCUCUUAUCAACGCUUCGACAAAUAAUGUCCCGUGAUUCAGCCCCGUCUUUGGAAGUGGAUGGCCUGACAUCAACUAUAGAGAAGCUGUAUAAUCAAUUUUUAUCUGUCAAGAAGUUAGAAAGUGAACAAAUAACGGGAAGAUUUGAAUGGAUUGAUGGCGUGCUUAUAAAGGCUCUUCAAAACGGUCACUGGCUCCUUAUAGAUAAUGCGAACCUAUGCAAUCCUUCUGUUCUUGAUCGGUUGAAUCCUUUAUUGGAGCCAAAUGGAGUAUUAAUGGUGAACGAGCGUGGCCUAGUUGAUGGAGCAGUCCAAAUCAUCCGUCCUCACAAAAACUUUCGUUUGUUUAUGACUGUUGAUCCACAUAAUGGAGAAUUAUCUCGCGCUAUGCGCAAUCGUGGUGUUGAAAUAGCUUUAUUGAGCGCCGAAUGGUCUAGUAAUCGACAAGAUGCGAUAAGAUUAACGAAUUGCUACGGACUGCGCGGAUUAAACCUUCCAAGUCUUCUUAUUGACUUGCAUAAUUCGUUGAAGCAAAACGCCACAGUCAGAGACGCAAAUCCCCGAAGUUAUUCAAUGAUGAUUCGUUUUAUUGUCGAAAGAUUGCAGCGUGGUGACAGCUUCAUGUCUUCAUUGCGACAUACUCUACAGCAAUUUGAGUUGUUUAAUGAAGACGUCAAUAGAUCCUUUUUUGAAGAAUUAGAUAACCUUGUCCAAUCUAAUGAACCACAUGCCCUAUUGAAUGAUGUCAACCCUACUAAUUUUCCAAUGAUUUUAAGUGGAUCCUUUUUCGAGGAAGAAUCGUCGUUAGCAGCUGUUUGUCUUUACGGCGCGUAUUUUAUGUACCUUUUACACAAAUAUACUACAUGUGAAGAUGAACAGUCGGCAUCUGACAUUAUACCUUCUAUUCAUGUCGCCUGUGAAUUUCUUGUUGAGAAAAGCCUUAGUAAAGAAGCUGCUGUCUACAUACGCUGGCUUGAUUUUCUUUCUUCGACAAUGGUCGCCGCACGGGAAAGCAAGACACGCGUUGAUGUGAUAGAUUUUGCCAAAUAUUUCAUUACCGUUUUACUUAAUCAUCCUCUCGCUUUGCGCUAUGCUCAACAAGAUAAUGUCAAAGCAUCCAAGGCUUUUGCGUUAUUGAAACGAUAUCAUCAAUGCGAGUAUGUAGAAAACGUAACCUACCAGCAGUCAAUGCGACGGAGACUUUCUAAAUUAAAUAUUGCCCAAGAAUCCUUUGCUUAUCAUGAGGGAAGAUUGACUGAAACCAGUCAUCCGACUAUAUCAUCGAUUUAUCUUUUUUUUGAAAGUUCACGUCAAGCCCUCAAGUGUUGCAUAGAUGACUGGAUGAAAUUUCAGGAUAUAGAGACGUUGGACUUGAUAAGUACUCUGCUUGAUCAACGCAAAUUUGUUUGGAAUCUGUGUUCCAAGAGAACAAACUUGGAUGUUGCCGAGUUGAGUGCAUGUAUGCAGAUGCUUCGGGAGACAGCCACAUUACUGUGUGAACAAAACGAUCAGUAUUUCAGCGUUAUGCUUCAAUCCAUCGAAGACGUUACCCAAAAAACUCGACUGAAAACGGGGACAUCUAUGGGCAUUAUAUGGAAAAAGUUUCAUUCCAUUACACUUCCAGAUAAGAGCCUCUCUAACGUUGAGCAAGCACCUUUGAAUCUCAGCAAUGCAUCGAACAUUAAAAAUUCGAUAAUAGAAUAUUGGAGUAUUUUAAGAGAAAUGCAAAUUUUCGGACAGCUUGCCUUUCUCGAAAGUCGAAAUCUCAAAUCCCGCGAACUUGAAUUAAGCAAAACACUCGAAAACAUCUUGCAUUUAUGUGAGGUUUCAUCGCAAAGAUCAACGCGACCAGCAUCGGAUUUUGUUGCUCACAAGAGAUUAUUGUGGAUUUACAGACGCGACUCAGACGAUUUUAUCGAUGCUGAAGCUGAAUUAGUAUUCAACAAUAUAAUCCAGGACAUUUUGUAUGGAUGGCAUACUAGAUUAUGGAACUACAGUCUUAAAGGAAUUUCAGAAAGUAUGAUUGAAAUGGAAAAGUCUUUGCAAAUCGAGGGACCGUCGGCCCUGUUUCAGAGUAUAUAUGCUACAACUUACUUCGCAUACAUACUGUCUCUACAAAGCAUUAGCGUCGAAUCUUAUAACGAGAGCAUUGUACAGCACAAAGAACUUUUGAAGCACAUAUCAUCAUGCGUUGUCUACCCAGUAAAUCGACGUAACAUUGACUUUGCGAAUCUGAUCUUUUAUUUACGACAAAUUUUAUUCGUACACCAUGAACAAUUGUUCGCUGUUAAUAAUAACGCGACCAACAUGCUGGACCGCUUAUCAGACGUUGCUUCGUCACUUCUUAAAGAAAUGGAUAGUGCCUUGUUCGAUGACAAAAUUGCUAAUGUUCUUUGGGACGUGUUCCGUUUUAUUGAACGCCUCGAAGAUCAGAUCAAUAUCGCGCUUAAAACGGGUUUAGUAGCAGUUAUCCGAUUGCUGCUUGAUCUAGUGUCGAGCACAGAUGAAGUCGAAGCAUUGAAACUCCUCGGUCAAGCCUGGAUUGCAUUUUCAUUAUGCUUUGUCACCCUUUAUAUACCUGACUAUCCUCUCGAUCCGACUAAUGAAGAACGCCUCAGAGCAAACCUUUUCUCAUUCAGACAGGAUAAUUUGAAAAAUCAAAUUGUUGUUCGUCAAGAAAUAGAAUAUUACUACACGGGUGAAUCAAGUAAUACUGUCAUAGAGAUGCUGGAAAAUGACCUGGACAAACUAAAGGUCUCAAAUCACAACUCUUCCAACCUUGCACUGCGCCCCGAGCGGUCGCUACUGGACGAUUUGUUCAAGCAUGUAUACUAUCUUCGCGAAAACGUAAUCGACCAGAAACAUGUAGAAAGCCUGUUGUCUGACCUUCAGGUUGAUUGCGAUUCUGAUGUCUUGCAAAGAGAACAAUUAUUUCAAGCAAGAACAUGGCAAUUUAUUCAAAGAACAUCGUCUAAUUAUCCGCUUUAUUAUGAUUUACUCCAGCCCUUAUUUGUUGCUCUAUAUCAACUCAAGUUUGGUGUCCGUCUUGUAACCUCUGCUUGCUUGGCAACAAAGAAAAAUAAGAAUGAAGAUCGACUUCAACAAAUAAUUAUUGCUUUAUUGGAAUGUUCCAUCAGAGGACGUCCGCAUAGUGAACAUUUAGAAUAUAUUACCCAAGAACUGUCUUUGGAUGCAGUAAAAGCUAUCAUUUUUUCUCAACAUUCGGCAUCAAAGACAUGGGACCAAUACCUGGAAUACUUGUGUGUUGUUCUCAAUUGCAUCUAUCAUCGUGUUGCAAUGCAAGGUCAUCUAACUUUAAACAUACUCGUUUUGUUAGACAGAAUUUGUUUAGAAAUCGCAAGGAUUUACUUAGCCGCUGAAGAUCAACAGAAAAAGAUAGCUGAAGAAAAAGGAAGUCUUUACAGAAGAAAAACACAGACACAUGAUAUUGCCAGAGACGAUGAAAGAGAUGAACAAGAUUUUAAAAAGAUGUUUCCAGAUUUCAGUCAAGAAAUAGAGGUAGCAGUUUCAACUGAUGAGGACAAGCAAGAAAUACCUGCUGCUUUUGAGGACAGUGAGAUUUUCAUCGUAAAUAAUAAUAUACUUACUCGGAUUGGCACUUUACACGCAAGACUAUUCGCCGACUUUGACUUCUUACACAAAGUAGAUAUUCCUUCUCGCGACAAUUUGACAAAGCAGACAUUUUUCGCGACAAGCGUUGUGGUCAGUUCGUUAGCGUCACUUAAUCAUGGGACAUUUACGGAGAAGAUGGAUUCUAUCAUCGUUCCCUCCCAGCUUCUCGGGUUUACAAUAUGGAAAGAUUGGUUGAGUCACGGCGUCGGCCCCGAAAUGUCUGGUACAACAACCGGACGUGCCCAGAGCUAUGACUUUUAUAAAGACGCAAACAUACCGGAAGCGCGAAGGAUUAUUCCAGCGCUAUCAAGAUUUCAGGUUCGCAUCAUCGAGUUACUGAAGGAAUGGCCUGAACACGCAGUCUUGCAACAGCUUGAUAUGUUAUGUGAUAGAAUUAAAGGUUUUAGUCUUACUUCUCCGAUCGCGAAAUUUCUUACUGGAUUGGAAAUUCUUUUACAAAAAUCGGAGGAAUGGGAGGCAUACGCGAGUCGGGAUGUUUCAGUAAGCAGAGAGCGCGAAGAUUUAUCAAGUCUAGUUGUUAGUUGGCGUCAGUUAGAACUGACCUGCUGGCCAAAUCUUUUAGUCUCCCAAGAAAUAUACAAUGAAUUGUCAGUGUAUAAAUGGUGGUUUCAUUUAUACAACAGCGUCCUGCGACCUAUUGACAAAUUUAAUGGAGACAUUCUGGAUGAAGUGGGUUUCAACGAACACAUAACGAAAGUCUUGGAGAUACUUGACGAAUUCUUGCAAUCGUCCAAACUGGGUGAUUUUCAUGCUCGAUUAAAUCUUGUCUACUCUUUCUCCUUGCAUUUACGAGCAAAAGUUUAUGCACGCGAUGCCGCGUCUGCGUUGAUCGAAAGAGCAUACGAUUCACUAUUAAGCAUACAUAAUUAUUAUUGUCAGUUUUUAAAUCAACGGAACGAUACUUUGGGCAUUUUGCGUAAACCGAUUGAAAAGGAGCUCAAGGAUUUUGUCAAGUUGGCUAGCUGGAAAGACGUCAACAUUCACGCCCUAAAGCAAAGUGCACAGAAAACACACCGACAAUUGCACAAGUGUAUUCGUAAAUACAGGGAAGUUCUUGAAACACCUAUUACAAUUGUAAUUACUGCGUAUCAGAAUGAUAUUUAUACCGCUCAAUCAACAGCCAUCAAAGAUAAGCAACUUAUUAUACAAUCACGAACUAGCGCUGACGCAUGGAUCUUGAACUUCUCAACAUCGGACUUCCUUCAUUUCAGUAAAUUUGACGCUGAACGAUUUACGUUUAAAUUGCCUUCUCGUUUUGUAAAUAUUAGUCAUACUUUCGCACGACUACAAUCCUACUGUCGAGAUGACAUUCUUCUGAAUAGGCCAAGAAGGGUAGCGAACACCAAGGCAAUAGACGAAUUUGCAACAUACAUAAUACAACGCAUUAAAACUCUCCAGGAAGAAACUUCAGCGGUUACAAAAGAAGAUAACAAGAGUUUAGUCAAAAGUCAAAAGAUGGUAAAGAAAAAAUCCCUUGUUGACCUUUUAAGAGAACUUAAACGAAUUGGUCUUAAUCAUUUUGCAAAGAAGCUGGCCCAGAAACAACAGGACCUCGUUGGAUACAUGUUGCAACUUCCUUGUGUUGAAUUAGAAUAUUCGUUUAGAGCUUUUGCGAAGAAAGCGCUUCUGCCAGAUGUUGACUCAGCGAUGUUGUUAUGGUCAAGGUCUGCUGACUAUUAUUAUAAAAUAAUUGCACGCAUGACUCAUCUUCGUACUAUUGCUAAUACAAAUCCAUCAAAAGAUCUGACUUCGCAAGAAGUUACGAAAGGCCUUGGUUUCGCCGAACAUUUAUUACAUCUAAUUGUGAUUGAAAGAAAAGCUUUACAUACUUUUGAACAACAAUACACACGAAUGAUAGGGAUGCUGAUGCAACUCAAGCAUCUGUCUUCGACAUUUGACGAUUUACAGAGCCCUAAAUGUAACAUUAUUGACUUGAAAUCGAAUGUGGUUGCUGAUGCUUUGAAGGUUCACAGCGAGACGUUGGAUGAUCUUAUCGCUUUACUUUCGAAUGCCUGUCUUAUUGUCAAUUGCCAAAAAGAAGGAGUAGAAUCGCUGACAAGUAAUGAGUUUGAUUUUGUCGAACAGUUGAAGGAUUGGCUUGAACGAAUUCAAAAAGCAAGGGAUAGAUUCAAUAAGAUUUAUACAGAAACUUAUCUGAUUCCAAAGCAUAUAAUUGGAAGCAAACCAUUAGUUAAAGAGGACUUGCGAGGCAUAGUGCAAGAAGAUGUAGAGACAAUUAAAUCGCUUUGCGCAUUCCUCACCGAUUCAUAUCGACAGACUCCCCAAUUUAAAUACAUUAUGUCACCUAUUUCUGAUUUUAUUGUCUCAAAGGAUUAUGAAAUCUUCAUUCCCACUUUUGACAAAGAUUUUAAAGAUGAUGUACGACUUGAUGAGAACGUUAUAACAUCUUUCCUGGAAACAACAGCUGACUUUAUCGAUGGGAUACUAGUAGCAAUUCAAGAAUUACGUAAGUCAGCUCAACUUAAACACUCGAAUGAUCAGUUAGCAGUUAGUGUGGAUGAACCGCAAAUGGCUGAUGGUCAUCUGCGACAAGAACACAAUCACUUUCUUGAAGCAUUCAAAGAACUGAAUCCUGGAAAUAUCUUCAAAAAGUCAGAACGCGUUUAUGAAUUUCUUGAUAUAGUGAUGAAUAAUAAAGAAUGGUUCAGAAGUUCGACUUGCAGAGAGCUCGUUGUCCGCUUAUUGCAAAGAGUUUACCCAUUCGUUCACCAAUACGUUCUCAUCAUGCAGUAUAAGUUAUUGUGCAAUCUUGCACAUCACAAAUCGGUUUGUAAGUUAACGUACGUGCUGGUAAGCUCGUUCACUGUCAUCUUUUCACGAGGGUUUUGCACGCCGAAUAUGGAAACUGAAGUCACUGAGGAAGGAGACACGGAAAAGAAUGUUCAGGGAACUGGUAUAGGUGAAGGUGAAGGUACUAAAGAUGUUAGUGACGAAAUUGAAGAUGAGGAACAAGUGUUAGGUACGCAAGAUCAACCGAACGAACCAGAUUCAGACAACAAAAGGAAAAACGACGACGACAAAAAUAAAGAGAUUGGAAAACUCGACGACGCUGACCCAGACAUUGUUGAUGAAAAAAUGUGGGAUGACAAAUCAGUAGACGGCCUUGAUGAAAGUGAUAAAACUGUUAACAACGAUAUGAAUACUUGUGAUAAUAACGAGACAGACAUUGUUGCCAAAAAUUCAGAUAACAUAUCUAAAUCUGAAGAUAAGCAAAAGAAAGAACGGAAAGAUCAACCUAUUCACCCUGAUCAGGACCCAUCGCCUCAAAUUGAUGAACAGGAGGAAAACGAGGAUUUUGCUAAUGAAGUUGAUGGAAGAGAUGCUGCACAGACAGAUUCGGUUGACAUUGAAGUGCCAGAGGCCGAAACGUUAGACUUGCCGGAUAACAUGAAUCUCGAUGAUAUGGAGGACGAGCAUCUAAACGACAUGGAUGAUAAACAAGCGGACGAAGGAAAUGAUUUCGAAAAUAUGGAUAUCGAUGAUGAACAAAAGUUUCAGUCCGACAAUGACUUUGAAGAAACUCAGUCUGUGCAAGAUCAAUUGGAUCCGAUGGAUACUGAAGACGUAACGGAUGAAUUCAAUAAAGACACUGAACGCGAACUGCCAACGUCCGAGAAUAAUCAAUAUAUCGCAAACGAAGGGCGACUUGAUCCGACGGAGCAAGGUGUCACGUGUGGAAUGGAAAAUGAAAUCUCAGAGACUGGCGGCGAAAGCCAGACAUCAAAUCAGCAAAAUUUUCAACCAGUACCAUCAUCCGAAACUCGUCAGACGACAAAUGAAGAACAGCUUGAGCAGACUUCUUCGCAAGCUCAAGGCGAUACAAGAGGCUAUAACAAUACUCAAGAUGAUAAAGAAGAGCCUAAAAAGAAACAAGGAAAUGUUAAUGCUAAUCCUCAUAGGAAUUUAGGCGAUGCAUUGGCAGAAUGGCGCCGUCGACUUCAAAGUAUUACUGAUGGGGAAGAGUCGAAUAAUACAAAGGAGAACGAGCAAGGACGAGAUGAAGCCCUACCGCAGCUACAAGACAACGAAAAUCAAGCAUUCGAGUAUAUUCGAGAUGAUGAGACAGCAUAUGAUGCGCAAGCUUUAGGAACAGCGGUUGAAGAUCAAGUCAAAUCACUUGACGCUCAAGCAGGGGCCAUCGACGAAGAUAUACAUAUCGAUGAAAGCAAAUUUGAAUACGCCGUUGACGAAUCCGAUAAUAACGAAGAUAUUAUACAAAGGAGCGAAAUUCCCUACAAGGAGAGAUUGACAUCGGAUGUUCAACAGCAAGCUGGAGCUAUUCUCAAUCACCGUACAAAUGAACUCAACGAAACGAUGGAUCAUGACUAUGAAACAGCCUUGCAAACACUCGAAUCUAUUCAGCUUUCUCAUAAACCGUUACCGCAGGAGGAAGUUGACCAAAUGCGUCAAGAAUUAGAAAAGAGGCUUAGUGACUGGCGAGAAAAUGGUCGCGAUAUAAAUAAAGCUCGUGAGCUAUGGCAGAAAUAUGAGCAUAUAACGUACGAUUUAGCAUAUGGUCUAUGCGAACAGCUGCGUUUAAUUUUAGAACCAACACUUGCAGCGCGAUUAAAGGGUGACUAUCGGACUGGUAAACGGUUGAACAUGAAACGAAUUAUUCCAUACAUUGCUUCCGAUUUCAAGAAGGACAAAAUAUGGCUACGGCGUACUAAGUGUAGUAAAAGACAAUAUCAAGUAAUGAUUGCGGUAGAUGACUCAAGGUCUAUGUGCGAAUCGCAUUCCAUUCAGCUCGCAUAUGAGACGCUGGCUUUAAUUUCUCGUGCAUUGUCCCAGUUGGAAGUCGGCGACAUCUCUAUUGUCAGCUUUGGCGAGCGUGUCCAGUUACUCCAUCCGUUCGAUCAGCCAUUUACAAGCGAGACUGGGGCUCAAGUGCUACAGCAAUUUACCUUUGAUCAGGGAAAAACUUAUGUGAAAUCAUUUAUGGAGACUGCGAUUUCUCUACUGGAACAUGCAAGAACAACUUGUCAAGGAUCACGAAAUUCUGAAUUAUGGCAAUUGUUGCUAAUUAUCUCAGAUGGCGUCUGUGAGGAUCACACUGCUCUACGCAGUCUUGUUCGAAGAGCUGCUGAAUCUCAAAUAAUGACAGUAUUCAUUAUUGUAGACAAUAAGGGGGAAAAGGAUUCGAUUAUAUCUAUGAAUCAUGUCAAGUAUAAAAUGAUAAAUGGAAGCAUGGUUCUGCAGAUGGAAAGAUAUUUGGACACUUUUCCAUUUGAUUAUUAUGUAGUUCUACGGGAUAUUAAUGCUCUAACUGAAACGCUUUCAGAUGCUCUAAGACAAUACUUUACGAUGAUAA